AUGAUUCGAAACAAUCCGAAUCCAACAGCUGCGUUCUUCGCUUGCAUGGACUCGCGUAUGUUCCCAGCCGCAUUCACGUCGAGCAAUGUUGGAGAUAUGUUUGUCGUGCGAAAUUCUGGCAACAUGAUCCCACAUGCGACCCAUUAUGGACCUGCCGGCUAUGAAGUGUCAGUGACGACAGAGCCAGCUGCUCUUGAACUUGCUGUCAAGCGUGGUCACAUCCAUCACGUAAUUGUUUGCGGGCAUUCAGACUGUAAAGCAAUUAAUACGCUGUACAAUCUCCAUAAAUGCCCAAAAACGUUUGAUCCUCAAUCACCAAUGGAUCACUGGCUGCGACGCCAUGGUUUCGCUUCACUCCAGAAGUUAGAGGAACGUCUAGCAGAUUCAGACAAGCCAAUGGAGUUCGUUGCAGACGUGCCGGGUUUCAACCUAGGCGAACCCACACAACUUGAAAUCAGUACAUCCCAAGAUACACUUGUUUAUAUCGUUCGGCAUAUCAACACACUUCAACAAUUGGAGAACAUCGCUAGCCAUGGAUUCAUAACAGAAUUCCUUGAAAAGAAGACAGUGGAUUUACACGCGAUGUGGUUCGAUAUUUUUGCUGGUGAAAUGUAUAUGUUCAGUAAGCCACGCAAGCAGUUUAUACUCAUUGAUGAAGGAACUGUAGACCAAUUGGAGACAGAAAUAGAAAAGCAUCUCGCAUAG